AUGCCUUUGGGAUCCAAUGACCCUUUCAAUUUUGAUGGGGAGGUUUUAUCCCACCCAAUACUCAUAAUUGGAGCUGGUAUAUCUGGCAUUGCGGCCGGGUGUCAAGUAAAACGCAAAUUUGGGAUUACAGACUUUGUAAUCUUUGACAAAAACAGCGAUAUUGGUGGGACUUGGUUGACGCAUCGCUACCCUGGGGUUGCCUGCGAUGUACCUGCAGCUCUUUAUUCUUUUUCAUUCGCCCCAAAUUAUAACUGGUCAACAUUGAAGCCAUUGGGAGAGGAGAUCUGGAAGUAUCUUUUGGAUGUUUGUGCCCAAUACCAUCUUUCAGAUAACAUUCGCCUCAACACAGAAGUCACCGAGCUUCAAUGGGAUGAAGAGACACUAGAAUGGGAGGUAAAGUUUCAGCAUCUGCCAAGCCUGCGGAAGGGCAUCAUUUACGCCAAAAUUGUGUUGACUGCUGUCGGAAAGUUUGCCAAACCUAAGACAUCCGUGGAUGUUUUACGGGACGUUGAUGGUAUUCAAGACUUUCAGAGCGAUAUUAUACACACUUCGGAAUGGAAAAACUCUGUAGAUGUCCACAAAAAGAACGUUUUAGUACUUGGCACGGGCUGUUCCGCGGCACAGGUCGUACCUCGACUACUGGGAAAGGAUUUUGGAGCUGCGUCUGUGACCCAAUUGAUGCGGUCCCCGCCUUGGGUUGCUCCGAACCAUCUCUCUAAGAGGCAUAUGGGCUGGUGGAAGAUAUUCAUGCCAUUUCUCACAAGAAACAUUCCUGGUGUCGCACUACUUGUUCGCGUCGUCAUCUUUGCUAUAACAGAAACCAGCUAUUUUCGUUUCACAAGGCCAGGAAGGAAUGUCCAAACUCGUCGCGCAGAGAGAGCAAAAGCACUGAUCUCUCAUAUGAGAAGUAAAGUUCCAUCACAAUAUCACCAGAUUCUUAUGCCUCAGUAUGAGGUGGGCUGCAAGCGACUCAUCCAUGACGAUGGAUGGUUUGAUAGUCUUCAUGACCCAAAAAUGAAGCUUUCCACCUUACCACUUCAACGCUUAGGUCCCAGAGAAGGCAUUUUAGGGGACAUGGCUGACCGAAUUACAAUACCACUCGAUACAAUCAUUCUUGCCACUGGCUAUGAUACAUCAGCAUUGUUGCAACCUAUGCGCAUCAUUGGCCGAAACAUGAUAAACAUCCAUGAACUUUGGAAGAAACGAGGAGGUCAACAGGCCUAUAUGGGUGUUGCACUUGACGGAUUUCCUAAUCUUUUCUUUCUAUUUGGUCCAAAUUCUUCGAGUGGACAUACCAGUGUCAUCAUUGGGAUUGAAAACGCUAUCAACUAUAUUCUUCAAAUUGUCAAACCAAUUAUCGAGGGGCAGGCAGAGGCAUAUGAGGUGGAAGAAGCAGCGUGCAAGAAAUGGACAGAUACUGUCCAAAGUUCUUCCGGGGAACGUGCUUGGGUUAAUGGCGGAUGCACGAGUUGGUGGAUAGAUGAAUCAAAAUGGAAUGGGAUGAUAUAUCCGUGA